AUGGCAUUAGCGCGCAUCAGGGUCGGCCUAUGGCAGCAGAUCGUCGCAUGUAUUCGCAUCGUGUGGGAGAUCAUCGUACAGCGACGCAUGAUCAAGCGACGGGGGAUCGCAGAGUGGGCGUGCGACCCCAGCAUUCGCGGCAAGACCGUCAUCGUCACGGGACCCACUAGCGGCAUUGGCCUCGAGAUCGCCAAGCAGCUAGUCUUAGCGGGCGCGCACGUCGUGCUGGCGUGCCGGCGGCCGGACGCCGCCAGCAAGCUGAUCGCGGCGUGGCAGGGCGAGGCGGGUGGCGCAGGCGUGAGCGCGGAGGUGCGCCAGGUGGACCUCGAGUCGCUCGCGUCAGUGCGCGCGUUCGCGCGCGCGUGGGAGGCGGAGGCGCGUCCGCUGCACGUGCUCGUGAACAAUGCGGGCAUUUUCUCCAUGGGAGCGCCCCAGCGGCUGACGGCGGACGGGGUGGAGGAGCACAUAGCGGUGAACUGCCUGUGCCCGCUGCUGCUCUCACUGCUGCUGCUGCCGUCCCUGCUGCGCGCCCACGGCGCUCGCAUCGUGAACGUGUCGUCCGCUAUGCAUGCAUGGGGCGAUCUGGACGUGGGCGAUUUGAGCUUCAAGGGGCGCACCCGCCGCUUCAAUGCCACCGCGGCCUACAACCAGAGCAAGCUCGCUCAGCUGAUGCUGACGAACGUGCUGCAGCGUCGUUUGCCAGCCAGUGCGCACAUUGAUGUGGUGGCAGUGCACCCGGGGGAGGUGCUCACCAACGUGGUCACUGCAACGCUCGUAUUCCCAGAGUGGCAGCGCUAUUCUAUCGCUCGUUCCCCUCCUGCCCGUGACCCCAUGCAGGCGCGCACUCUCCCCAGGUUCAUCCAGGAGCUGCAACGUGCUGUCAUGCACGCCGCGCGCACUCUCCCCAAGAUCAUCCAGGAGCUGCAACGUGCCAUCAUGCACGCCCUGCUUCUUGAACCCUGGCAGGGUGCGCUGGCGCCCCUGUACUGCGCCACACACGCGGCCGUGGGCGAGCACGCGAGGGCGGUGCGCGACCAAGGCUUGCUGUCCGGGCCCUACUUUGACCUCGACGGGCGGCGCAGUGAGGUGGCAGCGCACGGGCGCAACGAGAGGGCAGCAGAGGAGCUGUGGCGCGUGGCGAUAGAUACUGUGGGGCUGCCUGCCGACUGCGUGCAGUCCACCAUCGCUGCAUUCACAGGGUAG